AGGAAAAUAUAAUAAGCUUUUUGAACAAUUUCCGAAGCUGAAGCCGUGUGCAUGAAGCAAUUUCACAAUUUCAGACUUCCCAAACUUCAUAUAUAAACACCUUCCUCCUCUUCGAUCCAUCCCCUCCAAGCGCUUCUCAAAUCUCUUCACAAUUCUCCUCCAAAGGCAGACCCUGAUCUACAACCUGUCAUGGCUUCCAGACGCAUUGCCAAAGAGUUGAAAGACCUCCAAAAGGAUCCUCCAGUUUCUUGCAGUGCUGGGCCUGUUGGUCAAGACAUGUUUCAUUGGCAGGCAACAAUUAUGGGUCCAGCUGAUAGCCCUUAUGCUGGAGGUGUAUUUUCAGUCAACAUUCACUUUCCUCCAGACUAUCCCUUUAAACCACCGAAGGUUUCUUUUAAAACCAAAGUUUAUCAUCCUAACAUCAAUAACAAUGGAAGUAUCUGCCUCGACAUUUUGAAAGAGCAAUGGAGCCCUGCUCUUACGGUUUCUAAGGUGCUGCUGUCUGUAUGCUCACUGCUUACAGACCCGAACCCAGACGAUCCGUUGGUGCCUGAGAUAGCUCAUAUGUACAAGAAUGACCGAGCCAAGUAUGAAAGUAACGCUCGAUCUUGGACCCAGAAGUACGCUAUGGGGUAAAGCACCAGUUCCAGGUUCAUUGUUUUUUCCUUAGAUGAAAAGAAAAUGCAAAUAGCCGUUUUGUUUUGUGGACAGACCAGACAGCCUUCCUUUUGGAUUUUGAGUUAGUUGGAUAUCAAAUACUAUUUUCUCAUUGCUAUCAUAGCUUUUACAGUUAUUUUCUUAA